UUCUGUGAAAAAUGGCAAAUUAUAUUUUUAUUUCUGAAACAGUCUGUCAGUACAGCUUAUAACGAUCAGUUCGGAAAUCGAAAUGGCAACAAAUUAAAAUAGAAACGCGUGCUCAAUACUCCCCUACGAAUCGUUUACGACUUGGUGAUAUAAAAAAACACAAUAGAAAAUCUAUAGAAUUUCUAAAAUGUGGUUACUCAUACCGAUACUGAUCUAUGCCGUAGUUUUUCUCUCAGUGCGACAUGUAUAUAACUAUUGGCGUCGAAAGGGGUUUCCCCAUGAGAAAUCCGAUUUGUCUUGGCCGUUUCUCAAACAAAUUUACAAACGUGAGUUUCAUUUUGUCGAUGCCAUUAGUGAGGCCUACCGUGCUGGUAAGGAACGUUUUGUGGGCAUAUAUUUGUUGUUUCAUCCUACUUUGCUUAUAAGAGAUCUUUCAUUGGCCCGUGAACUUUUGGAGAAUUCAUCAGGCCAUUUUAAUGAUACUAAAUGGGACUAUGUACGUGGUUAUCGUAAGUAUAAUCUAAUGGACAAAAUAGCACCCAUAUUUUCUGCGGCUCGAUUAGAGGCCAUGUUAUCUAAUAUUGAGAAGGUCGGGGAUUAUGCAUUGAACUAUAUGGAUGUUGUUGCUGAUUGUAAUCCAUCGGAUGGUAUUGAUAUGCAAGAAAUUAUGAGAAUGUAUUCUGUGAGUAUUAUCGCCAAUUUAAUCUAUGGCUCAGAAAUUGAUCUUUUCAAACAAACAGAUUCAAUAUUUCAACAAUAUUUAAAUUAUUCCAUACGUCAAUCAGCUGUUAAUUCAUACUUUUUUAAAUAUUCAUUUAGCACCUACAACCGCAUCCCAAAAAAUACCUCUCUUACUUAUCGCCUGCGAGAUGUCGUACGAGAAAAUGUAGAACGGCGUGAAGAGGGCGGCACGAUACGCAAAGAUAUUUUACAAGUUCUAGUUAAAUUUCGUAAUGGAAAUGAUAUUGAACAUAAAGAAAAACUCAGCUGGCACAUUGAGAAUCUAUUUGAAAGGGAAAAACUCUUAUCCAUUAAGAAAUUAACACAUAUUACUGAACAUCUGCUGGAGAAUGGUAUGAAUACAAUGGCUUCAACAGGUGUACUAGCAUUGUAUGAGAUUUUGCAACAACCAGAACUCAAACAUAAAAUAAUAGAUGAAUUACGUACUCACAUACAAUUGAAUAAGGACAAGAAACCACAAAUAACAUAUGAAAAUUUAAAACAAUUGAAACUAAUGGAUUUAUGUUUACAAGAAACUGUACGUAAAUACCCCAGUGUAGCCUAUAUUGAACGUAUUUGCCGCAAGGAUUUUCAAUUGCCCAAAAGUAAACACACACUCAGAGAAGGGAAAUCAUUUAUUAUACCAUUAUUGGCUAUACAAAGAGAUGAGAAAUAUUUUGAGGAUCCUUUAAGCUUUAAGCCACAACGUUUCUUACAGGACAGUAAUGGUAAUAAGGGAGAAUGCUUGCUUAGUUUUGGUUUGGGAGCUAAAACAUGUAUAGCUGAGCAUUUUGUUAACCUUGUGGUUAAAUGUCUAUUGGUUAAGCUGUUCUUUAAUUUCCAUAUGGAAACGAUUCCGUCGGAGAAUUUCGAAAUUUGUUAUAAUAAAACACCUUUCAUACAAUCGAAAGAGGGUUUUAGAGUUAAAUUAAAAUCAACGAAAAUAAAAUUCGAUUUAUAGAUUUAAUGAA